AUGAUUAUAAAAGAGAUUGGAAGAGGAAUGCAUGGCAAGGUCAAAUUAGCCCAAGACCUAGACACAGGAGAACUUGUUGCGAUUAAAAUUGUUGAUAAACAAUCUCGACGGAGACAAUUAGGUUAUAGCGUUCUAAGAGCCAAAUCAACAGGCGAAAGCCCAUUUUCUGAAAGCGAACAAAAGAUCAGAAGAGAAAUCGCCAUAUUAAAAAAGUGCGCUCAUCCUCAUGUCGUUCGCUUACGUGAAGUCAUUGAUGAUCCAGCCAGCCGUAAGAUUUAUUUGGCGUUGGAAUACAUGGAAGGUGGUGAAAUUAUAUGGAGACAAGACGAUGAGAGUAAUAUACCCGUACUAUCCAUGUCUGAAGCACGUGACAUAUUUCGAGAUGUUGUGAGUGGACUUGAUUAUCUGCAUUACCAAGGAAUUAUACACAGAGAUAUUAAACCAGCCAACUUAUUAUUAACAAGAGAUCGCAUUGUAAAGAUAUCAGAUUUUGGUGUAUCUUAUUUUAAUCAACAUUUAGCAGGACAUGUGGAACAAUAUGACGACGAAAUUGAUCGAGAAUUAGCAGAAACAGCAGGUACACCCGCAUUUUUUGCUCCUGAACUAUGUAGCUCAGUAGAAAAUAAUCAUGAUGAGAAACACAUUACCAAAGCAAUUGAUGUGUGGGCACUCGGUGUCACGCUUUAUUGUUUGAUCUAUGGUCAAUGCCCAUUUACUGCUUCUACCGAAUUUGAAUUGUUUGAUAUCAUACCCACUUUACCUCUUUCGUUUCCAACCGUAGAACAAAUAGGGUUUGAAACACCUCAUGAACUCAUGGACCUAUUAUCAAAGUUAUUAACAAAGGAUCCAGAUGAACGAAUCACCUUGGAUGGGGUAAAACACCAUGUAUGGGUCAUACAGGAUUUGGAAGACCCAUCGAUAUGGUGGAAAGAGUCAGAUCCUACCUCUUAUAAGACUGUCCAUGUAACAGACGAAGAAGUAUCUUCGGCUGUUACAAUCCUAGGCAAAUUACGUAAAUCCAUACAUCGUAUCUCCUCUUCUAUAUCAAACACGUUUACAAGACGUGGCUCAAAAUCAUCUUCAUUAUCUGAUAUUCAUCCAUCCCCCACCAAUUCAAUCAUCAGUCCCAUUUCGUCUCACCACGAACCUUCCCUUCACGAAGAGCAUCAGGAUCACAGUCAAAAUCAUCAUGAUGGUUGGUUGCCUACCUCAUUUACAAAUAUGACCUUGUCCCCUUCCUCAUCUACCUCUUCCUCUUCAUUGCAUAAACCACAGUCACCACCACCCACUAAAAUUGAACGCCAUGAUUCAUCAAGCUCUUCCAUGUCGGGUCUAUUAGUCACUUUUAACCGUACACCCGAUAAACAUUAG